UAGCUUGUUUUUCAUACUUGUUAGGCCUAUAAGUUUACCUGUUAGAUCAUUCCUAUUAAUGAUUAAUUACAUCUUUAUGUAUUUCACACAAUCACAGUAUUAGGGGAGUAGGACAGUAGAAGAGAAAGUGAGUAUACCUAGGGUAUUGACUCUAGCAACUAUUAUCACUGUGUUCUUUAGAUAUUUUUUUUCAAUGAUUAUUACUGUGAUUACAGAAAUGUUUGGAUUUUGCAGAUUGAAAAAGUGAAACAUACUUUGCUUCACUGGUUGGUUUUGAAGGCUUUUGCAGUCUUACAAAAGGUAGAAGCUGGUCUCUUCUGAGAUAAAACCGCUAGAUGGCAUACCAGAAGAGAACUUUGCUAAUGUUAACGCAGUUUGCACAUCAGAAGUAUUAAAAGGAUUACAGAUUUGAAUGAGAGCAAACAAUGUCAGAUGAGAAAUGAAGAUGAAUGGUUUUAGGUAGUAAGUAUUGAGCUGAUGUGAGAGAACGCAAAAGAAAAAACAAACAAACCCCCCUGAAGUCUAGUACGAAUGAUACUAGCAUGCAAUACUUGCAAUACUGGGGGGGGGGGAGUUGCCAGAAUAUGGUGAUGACUAUUGGAAUUCUUUCUGCUCUUUCACAACUGAGACAUGAGCUGAAUUCUUCUUGCUCAGUUAUUUUCUCCUCUUCUAAAGCUGUAUUUGUCAUGUGACUUACAAUAGCUUUCUGUAAGGUCACGAGUUGUGUUGCAGGGGGGAGGAAGUCUUGGCCCAUUGCUGCUGAAAUUUGGUAUCUGAUCUUUUAAAACUGAGGUUCUCUGAUCAAAAGCAUAUUUGCAUCUUAACCCUUUCACAAAUGUACAAAUACAUCCUCAGUACAGACCCUAGCAUAAGUUGUUUACUACCUUGAGGGGAUUUUUUUCUCCCAGAGCUAUAUUUCCUCUCAGUGAUUUUUCUGGUCUAUUAAAUGUUUCUUUCAUGUGACUCAAAAUAGGAUCAUUUUCUAAAUCUUUCUAUCCAAAACACCGGAUUAGCAUUCACAAAUGAUUUAGUUUAGGAAUCAAUUAACCUGAGUCUUAAAAAGAUUCUACUGAUGCCAACUCUAGGAAGCAUUGAUAAGGAUUUUUCAGCUUUCUGAGUUUUUUUAUCAAUUUCUCAAUGUGUUUACGGAUUAUUUUUAUUAUUUUACCAUUGGUUAAAGUUGGUUUCGUUAUCUUAGCAUAAAUUAAUCAUCUGUGCUACAUAAGAUUACUAAAUGAAUAUUCUGUUGUAGCAUCCAUCAACUUUAAAUAGCAGUUAUUAAGAACAAAUGGAGGAAAGAAAAUGGAUUGUAAUUUUGAGAUGUAACAGUGUUAUGUCUUUUUUUGUACAGUAUAGUAUAGUUCACCUCAUCCUUGUUCCUGGCUAAUUUAAAAAUAGAUCUUUGCUAAGAAGAGAAACAGUAUUUUUUACCUUGCUAUUAACUCUGUAACUGUAUAUCUGAUACUUAAAUCCACACUGUAGCAACAAAAUCGUACGCAUAUUUUUACAGGCAAGAUUGGAUCUAUAUUAGGAGUACUAUGUUGCAAAUAAUUUAUUUUAAGAUGAAUAUGCUAGCAAGGCAUAAUUUGGAGACUGGCUGUAAUGAUUUUGCUUGAUUUUUCUCCAUUAACUCUGUUGGAAAUACAUGAUGAUUGGAAAGAUUUUGUCAUCUGCUGUAAUAUGGUAAGGUAAAUCACUGCAAGCCUUAGAGUUAACAAACUUCAGAUCUUCAAAAUGCUUUGAGAUCCUCUGAUUGAAGUCAUUAUGUGAGUGAAAAUCCUCCCAUCUGCAAGUAUGGGACCUAACAGAGACAGAGCCUGUACAACCAGAAAACCAACUUUUUGGAUUGUCAGCUAGCAGCAGUACUGAGGUUUCUGUUAUUCCUGACUUGCUGUGGUGCUUAAUCUAUUCUGAGUGGCUGUGUUCUGAACAGGAUACCAUGUUAAUCUUUGACAUAAUUUCUGAUUGUGUUCAGGGGGAGAUGAGUAAAAGCAGCUUUUUUUAUUUACAGCAUGUAUGAUAUUUCAUUAGAAAAAAAAAUCAUCUUGCAAACAAAGUUAGUUUGAACGUUUAUUCAAGUUGACUAGUAAUGACAAAGUGACACAAAAUGACAUAGUAUCUUUCUGUAGUUACUGCUGGUCCUAUUCUACCCUGAGUUGAAUUUAAAUCCAGGUUUUAGAAAAAAGUGCAUUACCAUUAGUAAUGGGAAAUGUCUGUCCUUUUGAUGGGAAGCUGGCCAAUGUUCAGAUGUCUGACAAUGUCUGUGAAACAUGGUGACAGUGAUCAUGACAUAGAAUUACUGAGAAUGGAUAUAAUUUCAGUGCCUGCUGAAAUACAACAAUUUUUCAAGAUACUCCCAGAGCUGUGACACAGAAUCAUGUAUUUCACCUCUGAAAUCGUUGUGUGAGGUGUGUGUAGUCUCGUUUUCCUGUAGUAUGCUGAAAACACUUGCAAGGGUUGUCUUGGAAACCACACAUCAAACACCAAGAAAUUCAGUUUCAUGUGGUUUUAUUUCUGGUAUACGUGUCUUAAUUUCCACCCAGCAGCCUCAGUCCUCACACCAGAACCACAGACCUUCCAGGCGAGAACACCACUGGGAAGCUGAGCACAUCACACAGAAAGGUUAAAAACCUGCGACUGAUACUUCAGAAAAUGGAAGAUACGUCGGAUAGGUGCUUUGACGUUGUUAUAAGGGAAAAGUCGGGAACAGAGGAACUGUCUGCAUCCUCACAAGGAGGAGCAGCCAGGAGUGGGGCCCCAGGUGCUGUAUGGUCGGAGGGGGGCUGCGAGCAGAAGUCCCCUCCGGAGCAGUCAGUUUUGGAGGAACAGGAGCAGUCAAGUUUAGCACACUGGGAACAACCUGGAGAAGGACUAGGCAAUCAAGAAGUGAUCGGAAAUAGCAAGCAAGAUGUAUUUGAGGCAGGUGCCCCGUUCAGCACAUCAUCUGAGAGCACAUCUUCGGUCACCUGUGAGAAUUACUCUACUUUACCUGAAGUAAGACAUUCAGAAGGGGAAGAACAAACAUCCCAGAACUCAGUACUAUCAGCAAAUACGGCAAGUGGGGCAGUAACAGGAAACAUGAUUGAGGAUAAUGAAACUCUUAGGAGGACUAGGGCUAACUUUGAUGAAACUAUCCUGUCUGAGCAGUUAUAUCUUGAUCAGGAAUGUUUUCCUGGGAAAGCAGUUCAACAGGAUUACCACAUGCCCGAUGCCUUGACUGUCAGAGUACAAACAGACACUGAUUCGUUCCGAGAUGUAAUUGUAAAAAUUGAAAGACCUACCUAUCAUAAACCAUUUCUGGGUGGAUUUAAGAACAGGAUAACAGGAGUGGAAUUUCACAAUGCAGGAUCACAGACAAUACCCAAAAAACGACCUGACAAAGGAAUUCAGUUAUUUUGUAGGGAAACACAGACGGUUUUUGAAAAAAAUAGACCACAACAGACAAAAAAUACAACAUCAACACAGAUGACUAAAGUUGGCCUGUAUGUGUCAAACGUGACUGACAGACUAAUAAGUCCUAGAAAGUAUCUUACAGCAGAAGAAUACCAUAAACGUAGACUUGAAGCAGUAAUAGUAAUACAGACAUAUUUCCGUCGUUGGCAUGCUAUAAAUAUAGUACAAAAUCUGAGGGAAGAGAAGAGGUUAAGACUGGCACGGGAGGCACAAGAAGAGAUACGGAAAAAAAAAAAGAAAGAAGAAAGGCUGAGAAGGGAGCAGGAGCGAAGACUGAAUCCUAAAACAAAAGAAGACUUUGAGCUACUAUACCAUGAUUUAGAAUUAUGGAGGCAGGAGGAGACCGAACGGAUUAACAGAACUCUUACUGGAGCUGAAAGAAAAGCAGCUCUUUGUGGACUUCUGGAACAAGAGGCACAGAUGAUUGCUUCCAUUGGGAGACACAAACUAAAUGCAGAUAAGGAGAAUCAACAAAAAGCAAUACUACAGUUCCUGGAUAAGUGUGCACAACCUAAGAGAUGGAAAGCAUAUGAUGGAAAAACCACUGAAAUGGAUACACAGGACACACUCCGUGCCAGAGAACUAUUGGAAAUCUACUGCAGCAUUAGGAUGAAUGACAUCCCAAAAGAUGAGAGAGUAGAUGUGCUGUUAACACUCAGAUGUACAGUGAAGGAACAUGAAUGUAAAUUAACACAGGAAAUAGUGGAAUUAAUUGACAGGGAAGUUGAUCUUAUGCUGCGAGAGGUGAAAGAAUGCAACUUAGAAGGACUGAGGAAAAGAAUUUGUACAUUAUUUCUUCAGUAUAUUAAAACUCCAAAGUUUAACCCUGAAGUUGCUAGGGUACUUAAGGUUCCACCUGAUCCCUUAAAGCUUUAUAAAAAUGUUACAUUCUGUCGUCGUUGUGAAAAUUACUUGCCAACUACUGAGUUUCCUGUUCCUGCUAAUUCCCACACCACUGGCAGAUGUCGCUUAUGUUGCAAGCUUGAUAAUGAGACUCGGCGACGAGAAGCGGUUUUGAAGUACAAAGUUAUACUAGAAAAUCUCAGGAAGUCUGAAGCUGAUUAUCAGGAUGAUGCUAAAAUUGUUUUCUUAGUUCAGCAUCAAGAUCUGAAGUACAUGAUUGAGAACAUAUGGGGUUAUCAGUCAGCUCUCAGUGCCCGCAGUGACCUCUGUGACUUGGUUAUGAUCAGAUGGGAUAAGCAGCAUGAGUGGUCUCCAUGGAACACGAUUCUUCUCACUAAAGAUGAGGCAGAUGCACAUCUUAAGCUGUGUAACCUUCAGAAGGCUUAUGAAGCAGCAUUUAUUCACAGAAUAAAACAUAAGCAUAUCCAGGCAAAAAACUACUUUGCUCAGAUUCCAGCGAUGGCAUCAUUUUUGUAUAGAAGUGACAAACUGGCUAAUGCAAAUGAUUUUUUUAUGACUACAUCUAUUCCUACUGGUACAAAACCAUAAUUCUUAGGUGAGGUUAACUGAAGUUAGAGAAGUUAAUUGAAUUAUUGAUUAAUACAAUACAAUUUCCUGGUCUUAAAGAAAUGUACUUUUACAUCAAUACCUUAAUUGUAUUACAGAGAUCAAAAUAAACUUCUGAGGAUAAAAAAAUUUGAUCUUGACCAGUCAAUGUAAAUGCAUUUCAUGCUUUGUAACCUCAUUAUUUAAAAAGUAGAUUGUUAAUGAACUUUGUAAAUUCUAUAUUUUUUAAAGCAAUGACUAAUUUUUUGUGUAUGCCUGUGUUGCAUGUAAGAUUCUAUCUGUAGUGUAAUAUUUCUGUUGGGGGAAUUUAGCUAAUUCUUUGUGACCUUUUAACCAGAAAAAUAAUACUAUAAACAUUGUAUUAAAUUUAUUUUUCUCGUCUUAGCAUAUAAGGCUGAAAACCUCUUGAACCAUAAUUUGCAAUGGAACAACAGAAUUUAUACGCCCUUCCAAAUAUAGCUGAUUUGCCUUGCAAACAUUUGUGCAAAAUACCUUAACUUUUUAUCGUUCAUCUUGAUGGUCAUAAGGGAAUGGCCACCAUCUAAUUAUUGUAUCCAAGAUCUUGAGAUUACUGUGAAUGAAGCUUAUAAUUUGAGAUACACUAUCCAGGCUGUUUGGAGCAUGUUCAUUUUUCGAGGUGCUUUAAAGUAGGGGUCAAUUCUCUCUGUGAACUUUAGUUAUGUUUAUGUUUUAUUAUAGUUACAGAGAAAGACAUGAUAUGGUGUACAUUCAAUGAUGUCCUACAGAACAUUGCAAAGUUCUGCUUGAUAACGCUAUUCUAGAUGGGGUUUUGACCCAGGACAAAGCCUUUUUCUCUGACAAAACUGUCUAGGAAAAAGCAGUAGCAUUUACAAACAGAAAUAAGCACAUAUUUUGCAGCAAAGACCUGAAAACUGGAUUGAUUCCCUCAACAGAACACAAACUACAGGACCAGUACUUGACUGAGCAGUACAUUCUAACAUCAGUGGAGUCUUUCCACUGAUUUUACCACUACAUUCAGAUUCUGUAUUUUAAUUCAGUACUGAACUAAUUGUAGAACUGCAGCACAAGCGUUCUGGUUGACUGUUGUGCUUUCCAGGAUCUGAGCCUUAAGAUAGGAAUGGCUACUAAGAUUGGUCUUCUUCCAGAGUGGUGAAAGGAUUUUUGAAGAAAAUUAUUGUUCUUGGCCACCUGGGCACCCUGCUGGCUCAUGUUCGGCCGGCUGUCAACCAGCACCCCCAGGUCCUUUUCCUCCAGGCACUUUCCAGCCACUCUGCCCCAAGCCUGUAGCGCUGCGUGGGGUUGGUGUGACCCAAGUGCAGGACCCGGCGCUGAGCCUUGUUGAACCUCAUACAAUUGGCCUCAAUCCAUCAGUCCAGCCUGUCCAGAUCCCUCUGCAGAGCUUUCCUGCCCUCCAGCAGAUUGAUACUUGUGCCCCGCUCCCCAACUUGGUGUCAUCCAUAAAUUCACUGAGUGUGCAUUCGAUCCCCUUGUCCAGACCAUGGAUAAAGAUACCGAACAGAACUGGCCCCAGUGUUUCCACAGCCUCUUCCACUAUUCAGGUUGUCUUGUCAUAGGGAGGAACGUGCAGAAUGAUAGAAUAAUACUGGUUUGAAGGGAUGUCAGAAAUCCACCUCCUACUCAAAGCACAGUCAGCCAUAAGGUCAGACUGAAUUGCCCAAGGCCUUAACCAUUCAGGUCUUGAAAACCUUCAAGGAUGGAGAAUGCAUAACCUCUAGCAGCCAGAUGUUCACAUUUUUUUCUGAAGCUUUCUUUUCCCCAGGCUACACAAGCCCAGUUCCCUCAGCCUCUCUUCACGAGUCAGGUGCCUCUGCUCCCUGAGCUUCUUGGUGGACCUCCAUUGAACUUGCUUCAGUUUAUCAACGCCUUCCUUGGUCUGAGGGGCCCAAAACUUGACACAGUAUUACAGAUUUAUGCUUGCAGAGUUCUAGAAUCUAUAUUCCAUUCAGUAUUCUCAAUCAAACUAGUGUUUUGGUCUGCUAGAGAAAUGCUCACACACACAAAUUUUUUGGUUGAUACAGAAGUCUGUAAGGUAGUCCCUGAUAAUGGCAGUGCCGUUUAAUCAUGCUGUGAAAGCUCUUGUCUAAAUAGUUAAAAAUUUGUGUUGCAAUUAUGAUGAAUUGGAUACUUGACUAAUAUUUGGGACGUGGCUGUACACAAAAGAAAAUACAAGCUGUAUAAAGUGAAAAUUAAUGUCUUCCUUCAAGUUAGUGUCCAAAAAUGGCUGUUAAAAAUAUAGAAAUUGAAUGUUUCGGAGGACAUGAUGCAAUGAAAAAGAGUUGUUGAAAAAUGGAAAAAAUAUUUUCAAUAUUUUGCAUAUAUAAUUGAAUCCUUUUGUUAGGGCAAAGCCAACAUAAUUCAGAAAUAGGAUAAGAUUUUUUUUUUAAAUCUAGCAUAAUUGAAAUCAGUUUAAAAUUCUUCAUGUUACUUUUCUGUAAUUGCUACAUCAUAAAUGUUUUGUUGAUAUUACUGAAUAUAAAAUCAAUUAGGUUUUACUCGGUUUUGGGCAUAGAGUUUAUAGUUGUAUUAUGUUUUGAAAAAGUAUGAAUUUAAAACUUUUCUCUAAUAGUUACUGUGUUGCUUCACCUGUUUGUGUAGCUUACAAAUGAUAUUAAAAAAGGUACUGGACAAGUAUGAAGAAUGAAAACAUUCUCUGUAUCAGACAGUGGUGAAUACUGGAAAAGCUGACUGAAAAGAUCAGUCAUUAAAGGUACUGUAUUUCUAGGAGAAGUCACUGCAUUUUAUCAGGAGAAGAAAACUUCAGAUAACGGGUCAGAUCUGCCAGUUUCUAUUAGAACUGAGUAAAUUCUUUAAAAGCACAGCUCAUCAUCUUUGCUUGAAUUCCAGGGAGUUACUCAGAAGAUGGUUUUGGAAUCUGUUGGUAAAAAAGCCUCUGACUUGGAGCCUAAAUCUUUCCAGGAUAAGGAGAGCAAAUGGUUGCAAAGUGUCAGUGCCUCUUCAAAGAAUAGACUGUAAGGUGAAAUUCUAACCUUGCCUCUUCGUUUCUGAAAGUGGCUAAAAGAACAGGCUUAUAGAGUCUCUUCAAUUGUAGCUUAGAGGUUGAGACCCAUGAGGAGCCCACACACCUAAAACACUGGUGAUAAACGCUGGGUUUGCCUCAGUUCUUUCCCAGAUGUAGAUACUUACUACCCAGGAAAAGGGAAUUGGUCCGUAUGGCUUGUAUUUCUCCUUCUGCACUAGCACAGACACAUGGCCAG